GCUUUAGCUGGAUUGUUGAAGAGAGACACAACACAUUCGGGCGGCACGUGUAGAAAAGUUUUGUGAAUAGCUAGUAGAAAAUAUACUAAAUUAAUUCAAUUUUUUAAAUAUCUCACUAUUUCCAAAUAAAUAGACAGUAAAAUGGAAACAGAAUCUUUCUACGGUGUUGAAUUGAGUGAAAAAGAUCCCUUGGCCCAAUUCGAAGUGGCCGAAACUGACAAAGGUCUACAGGAUCAGAAAUUGAUUAUUAAACAAAUAAGUCUUGGCGCCGAAGCCAAGGAUGAAUUCAAUGUUGUACAGGCUGAAGUUAAAAUCAAUGAAAAGGAAACCCUGAAAAUUCCCAUUGCUGUCUUGAAGGCUGGUGAGACGCGUGUUCUUAAGCCCAACUUGGAAUUCCCCAGUGAUUCGGUCACUUUCAAACUGACACAAGGCACAGGCCCUGUCUACAUUUGUGGGCAACAUUUAGUCCACGACAUUGUCGACGAAUGGGGCAAUGCCGAAGAAGAAGAUCUUGAAGAAGAGGAAGAGGACGAUGAAGAUGAUGCUCCACCACCACAACAGAAUGGCAAAAAUAGCAAAAAGAAGUAAAAAUUGACACAAGACAAUUUACCUAUAAGAGGACAAAAAACAAAAAACAGAUAUACAUCAAAGAUAAUUCCUUUAUACUUCUUGGGAGGAGCACACACACAAACUUUUUAAUACCUUUUUCGUUUGAUAAACAAAAAUAACGAAAUAUCCAUUUUUUCUUUCAUUUAUAGCACACAAACACUGUAUGUACACUCUACUAUAUAAGUUUAUAAGUAUGUAAUUAAAAUAAAAAUAAUUACUUAAAAAAUGAUAAAAUAAUAAAACACAAGGAAAAUUGAAGAA